UUCUGUGAUGGAUCGCCCAAGGGUACGGCGCAGCCUUUUCCGUCCCUCUACAUCCAUUAUUAACUUAUAUCGACCCUACAUUCUUCACUUCCUAGCAUCGAUUUCACUUUCUAGGUAUCCAGGAAGUACUGUCCAGUUCUCCACCAUUUUGUCACCAUUCACCUUUCCUACAAGACACCUCACAUUUUUUUUAUUAGACAGCCUUGUGGUUGUCGAGUAGAACUCCACAUCGACGACGACGAUACAACGACCGUUCGAAUUUUUGACUUGGAGCUAUGUCUUCUGAGGAGACUAAGGUGGUUGCCACGCCUGAACCCGGUGAGCAGUGCGAUGUCAAACACCUCAAACGCAGCUAUGUGGAUGGAAGCAAUGACCCGGUGGUUACCGAGGGUGACUCAGAUCCGGUCAAAAAGGAGGAAGACACAAAACAUCAGUCAUUUGCCCUAGUGUCGACACAAAACUUCGAUAAGGAUAACAAUCGCACCGAUACAACGCUUUUGAUCAAUUCCAAGCACAUACUCGCCGCUCUCACAAGGGUAGUUCGUUACUAUCCCGACCAAGAAGAGGAAUUCGACAAACCCUCUGAGCUGACAUCACCAUUCAAUCUUCUCUAUCAUCAUCGCAAGGAGCUUUCUGAGGAGGCUUCUAGGGUAGGCGGUGACGGUACCCUCCAUCUCAACCUUCUCCUGAGCUACCUUGACAAGCAGAAGUGGGCCGAGGCCGAGACACUCACAACUCGAGAGAAUCCUGUCAUUACAUUUGAUCUACUUUGGUUUGUUUUCAAACCCGGCGACUUGCUAUACAGGAUGGUAAAUGGCGAGCCUGCUUUGUACUGGCUUGUGAGCGUGUGCUAUGACGAAACGCAAACAACAGGAGAUCCAUGGAAAUACCUCGAGCUUGAGUGUCUAUAUCAAGCACACGACGGAAAGAAAACGGGUGUGGUGCGGGAAAGUCUCAAAAUAUAUGAACACCAGGAAUUUGCGGGCGAUACCCCCGAGAAGAUUACAAGCCUUUCAAUCUUUCCGCUAAAGUACCACAAAGACAGAGAAGGAAUAAAAGAACGCCUUGUGAAGCGCGGACAACGAUAUUUGGAGCUAGUGCAAAAGCAGGGCCAAGCAUAUCAUUACGAAGGUCUAUGCAGAAGGCUCAAAACACCUCCUGGGGGCUCAUACUUUCCCAGCGAAGAAGAAUUUAUUGGCGUCUGGCUCCCAGAAACAGCUACCGGAAGAGUCGUCUUAGACUGUUCAACAUUCAUGGAAGAUAAUCCUUUCCACCGCGUCAAUGUUUCCAAUUGGAGCAUCUCGAAAGUCCAGUGGCUGAAGCAAGAGAGUCUAGACAAAACAACCGAUGGCUUCGAUGAUCCUACACUACUCUGUCUGCCAUAUGUCUAUGGGUAUUCUCUGGACAUGCGAUGCUGGUGUAUGUUCUCUGUAGACAAGGUGAAGACGACCGACUGGAAACAUAAAGACUUUGAUUCGGUUGUCCUUCCGGAUGGAUAUAGGAAGAUCAUCACAUCACUUGUUAAAAGUCACAAAUUCGCCAGUCAUACCCGAGAUGAGACUGCCCUCAAAGGCAAGGGUCUGAUAUUUGUUUUGCAUGGCCCUCCUGGGACUGGCAAAACAAGAACAGCUGAAGCAAUUGCCGAGACAACCUCAAAGCCGCUCUUGCUAUUCCCAACCGGAGAACUCGGGGGUGAUCUGAGAAGCAUUCAGUCAGAGCUGAGGCGGCUAGUUAGAUACGGAACUGCAUGGAAGGCCAUUCUACUCAUCGAUGAGGCGGAUGUAUUUCUGGAAUCCAGACAGGUUGACGGACAUGUGUCGUUGGAGCGUAAUGCUCUUGUAGCAGUUUUCUUGAGGCAGCUGGAGUAUUUCCAGGGCAUCAUAUUUCUGACCUCCAACCGCGCCCAAAUGUUCGAUCCCGCAGUCAAGUCCCGCAUCAACGUUAUGCUGCACUACCCCUCGCCCGACAAAGAAACGCGAAAGCUGUUGUGGGCACAACGGCUAGGACCAAUAUUGAAACUCAAAUCCUUGCCAAAAUGCGAACUGGAUCUAGAUUCAGCAACGGAGACACUGUCGGAGUAUGAGAUGAACGGUCGGGAGAUCUCAAAUGCUGUCAACUCGGCUUUGACCAUAGCCAAAGCUGAUACGCUCACCCUUAACAUGGACCACCUUCGGUCUGUGGCAAAAAUAUGGAAAGACUCACAGGAAAAGAGCGUCGAACUGGGACCAGUUGUGGACGCAGUUCAGGAGAUCAAAAGGAUUCCGUCCAUCAGUGAGGUUCUUAGGACACUUAAAAUCCCGCUUUGGGUCUGGAAAAUAUUCGUUUCAGCAUUCCUUGCUGGCGCUCUAUUUCAAGGGUCCCUUAAAAUCUUUAAGGCAAGGAUAAGGUGGCGAGGGCGUCGAGCUCACAGGUGAACUGGUCUUGGGAGAGGAUAGUUGAAUAUGCACUGAAACUGUAAGAAUAUGUGUUCUAUAACAAGAAGGAAGAUUAUUAAAGGGAUAGAUAUGUAGUAGGGGGUCUGUCAGGGGGAAAAUCUUGAGAACCUUUCCUACAAAUGUUCACGCGCAGUCAUUGCUAGAAACCAGAUUUCAG